ACUUAUCAGUCCUCACGCUGCGCCGCUGCGUUCAGUCCCAGCUACAGGCAGGUCUGACCUGUUGCUCUGUCUGCUCAGAGUUUCCCGGGUUUGAAGUCUGCCUGAAAGAUGUCAGACCUUAAAACCGUCUUCCAGUACAUCGAUGAAAACCAGGACCGCUAUGUCAAGAAACUUGCAGAAUGGGUGGCCAUCCAGAGCGUGUCCGCCUGGCCGGAGAAGAGAGGCGAGAUUAGAAGGAUGAUGGAGGUGGCCGCAGCUGAUGUCCAGCGCCUGGGGGGCUCUGUGGAGCUGGUGGAUAUCGGGAAGCAGAAGCUGCCGGACGGCUCGGAGAUACCCCUUCCUCCCAUUCUGCUGGGCAAACUGGGCAGCGAUCCGCAGAAGAAAACAGUGUGUAUUUACGGGCACCUGGAUGUGCAGCCUGCAGCCCUGGAGGACGGCUGGGAUAGCGAGCCCUUCACCUUGGUGGAGCGGGAAGGCAAGUUGUACGGGAGAGGCUCCACGGACGAUAAGGGGCCGGUGGCCGGUUGGAUGAAUGCCCUCGAAGCCUAUCAGAAGACUGGCCAGGAGAUUCCUGUCAACCUGCGGUUCUGCCUGGAAGGCAUGGAAGAAUCGGGCUCCGAAGGCCUGGAUGAGUUAAUUUUCGCCCAGAAAGACAAGUUCUUCAAAGACGUGGACUAUGUGUGCAUUUCAGACAAUUACUGGCUGGGGAAAAACAAGCCGUGCAUCACCUAUGGCCUCAGAGGCAUUUGUUACUUCUUCAUUGAGGUGGAAUGCAGUGACAAAGACCUCCAUUCUGGGGUGUAUGGUGGCUCAGUGCACGAGGCCAUGACCGACCUAAUUUCACUGAUGGGCUGUCUCAUAGACCAGAAGGGGAGAAUCCUCAUCCCUGGGAUCAACGAUGCCGUGGCUCCCCUGACUGACGAGGAGUGUGAGCUCUAUGACCACAUUGACUUCGACAUGGAAGAGUUUGCCAAGGAUGUGGGGGCUGGGACCCUUCUGCACAGCUGCAAGAGAGACAUCCUGAUGCACAGAUGGCGGUACCCGUCCCUCUCCCUCCAUGGAAUUGAAGGUGCCUUCUCCGGUUCAGGGGCCAAGACUGUGAUCCCCAGGAAAGUGGUCGGCAAGUUCUCCAUCAGGCUGGUGCCAAACAUGAUACCAGAAAUUGUUAGCGAGCAGGUUUCAAGCUACUUGUCAAAGAAGUUUGCUGACCUUCAUAGCCCCAAUAAGUUCAAGGUGUACAUGGGCCACGGUGGGAAGCCUUGGGUGUCCGACUUCAACCACCCUCAUUACCAGGCGGGCAGAAGAGCCCUAAAAACAGUGUUUGGUGUUGAGCCUGACUUGACCAGGGAGGGCGGCAGUAUUCCUGUGACCUUGACCUUUCAGGAGGCCACAGGCAAAAAUGUCAUGCUGUUACCGGUGGGGUCAGCAGAUGACGGUGCCCACUCCCAGAAUGAAAAGCUCAACAGGCUCAACUACAUAGAAGGCACCAAGAUGCUGGCUGCAUAUCUGUAUGAGGUGUCUCAGCUGAAAAACUGAGAACUCUCUUUCUCCGUGGAGCGCUGUGCCUGGUCAGAGACAUCCGCCCGCUGCCCUCUCCUUCUUCCAGCUCUCUUGGGAAAGUGGAAGUUUCUCCUCUCUGUCUCUUUCUCAGGUCACAGGAAGACUUGCAAGGAUGAAGACAGUGCCUCCAGCUGUCACCAGGGAAGAGCCAGCUGUGUCGGGCAGUCGGCAGUGUUCAGUUCUAAGCC